UGAAAUAAACUGCCCGGCCGACAUCACUGUGCUGCAGUCUGAUUUAACAAAACUUACCGAAUGGUGUGACAUAUGGCAGAUGGAAAUCAACAUAGCCAAAACUAAACACGUAAAAUUUGCUCCCUUUACUCGAGUUACCUCUGUCCAGUAUAAAAUACGUGGUAUAACUAUUGACACAGCAUCUUCAAUCAAAUAUUUGGGUGUCUUGCUUACUUCCAAUCUAAGUUGGAAUACACACAUUGAACACAUUACCACAAAAGCAUGUAAAAAACUUGGUUACCUAAAACGGCACUUACACCUUGCGAACACAGAUACCAGGCUUCGCGCAUACAGUUCUCUUAUCAGGCCCUCUUUAGAAUAUGCGUCCAUAAUUUGGCACCCCCAUCAUUCAAAUCUCACGAACCUACUUGAAUCAGUUCAAAAUAAAGCUGCGCGGUUCAUCUCGUCUUCAUACUCUCGCUAUCAAAGUGUGUCAGCCUUAAAGAAAUCACUAAAUCUCUCUUCUCUUGACAUGCGCAGGAAAUUAACACGGUUGUCGUUCUUCCAUAGCCUUUUCCACAGCAACAUUCCAUUUGCCCGAGCUCAUAUUCUUCCCGCUGCUCACAUAUCGACGCGCACAGACCAUAUUCAUAAAGUAAAACCUAUAUUUGCCAGGACUAAUCUUUAUCAAAAUUCGCCUCUAGUUUUAUCUAUUGCCGAAUGGAACUCACUCCCUUCAAACAUUGUCUCGCUUACGGAAUCAUCAUCAUUUCAUGCAGCACUACUAACCUUCUUAGAGUGUGUCAACCUGUCAUAACCCACGUAUUACGCUUGAAUAUUUACUUGAACAUGUUUUUAUGUGCUUAGUAUUGUAUAAUUUUUUCCAUUUCAUCUGAUAUGUACUUGCGAAACAUCUUGUCUGUAUCUGUAGUCCUCUUCGCGUUUUCAGCUC